CCCUUUCCGUCUCUGCUCGCCUCUCUCCUCUUCAGCCUUGCCUGCCUGUCAGAAAGGUGCUCCAGUGUUGGAGGCUAGGCUACCCUCCUCCCGGACCCCGUACGAGAGCCAGCCGCCGUCGUACCCCAAGGCUUGGGCUCCCCACUCACGGCUCAGACCAUGGCAACCACCGCUACUUCCACCAGGUUUACCGACGAGUACCAGCUGUACGAGGAGCUCGGGAAGGGAGCUUUUUCAGUGGUGCGUAGGUGUGUAAAGAAGUCAUCAGGACAGGAAUAUGCUGCAAAAAUCAUCAACACUAAGAAGCUGUCUGCAAGAGACCAUCAGAAGCUUGAGAGAGAGGCUCGUAUCUGUCGCCUCCUGAAGCACCCCAACAUUGUGAGACUCCAUGACAGCAUUUCAGAGGAAGGCUUUCAUUACCUAGUCUUUGACCUGGUGACAGGAGGAGAACUUUUUGAAGACAUUGUAGCCAGGGAGUACUACAGUGAGGCAGAUGCCAGUCAUUGCAUUAGUCAGAUCUUGGAGAGUGUCAAUCAUAUCCACCAGCAUGAUAUUGUGCACAGAGACCUCAAGCCUGAGAACCUGUUGUUGGCCAGUAAGAUGAAGGGAGCUGCAGUGAAGCUGGCAGACUUUGGCCUUGCUAUUGAAGUGCAGGGAGACCAGCAGGCUUGGUUUGGGUUUGCGGGCACCCCUGGUUAUCUCUCGCCUGAAGUCCUGAGGAAGGACCCCUAUGGCAAGCCUGUGGACAUAUGGGCUUGUGGUGUUAUUCUCUAUAUCUUGUUAGUGGGAUAUCCUCCAUUCUGGGAUGAAGAUCAGCACAAACUCUAUCAGCAGAUCAAAGCUGGGGCAUAUGAUUUCCCCUCCCCAGAGUGGGACACAGUGACUCCAGAGGCAAAGAACCUGAUCAAUCAGAUGUUAACCAUCAACCCAGCCAAGAGAAUCACUGCCGAACAGGCCCUCAAACACCCAUGGGUCUGCCACCGUUCUACAGUGGCAUCCAUGAUGCACAGACAGGAAACUGUCGAGUGUCUCCGCAAGUUCAAUGCUCGCCGAAAACUCAAGGGAGCCAUUCUCACCACCAUGCUGGUGUCCAGAAACUUCUCAGUGGGCCGGCAGCAUACCAACUCUGCUGCUGCCGCCUCCUCCACGGCCUCACUGGCUCAGGAAGCAUGCAAAAGUUUACUCAACAAGAAGUCAGAUUCUGCUAAGCCUUCUACCAACAACAGUAAGAACAGUAUAGUGAGCGCCAUCAAUGCCCUGAAAGACACCAACAUGGCAACCAACGCCCAGAUGGAAUCGCAGAGCACGGUGGUGCACAACCCUCCCGAUGGAGUCAAGGGAUCAACAGAGAGCAACGCCACCAACGACGAGGAGGAAAUGAAAGGUAGGAAAGCGGACAGUUCGGCGCUGAGUCAGAGCAGCGCCACAGAGGAGAUGCCCCCACUUCUGCCCUCACCUCAAAGCUCACCUGCCAUACCACCGCAUGACGUAAAGCGCAUGGCAUGGAACAGCACAGGCAACAGCUCCUGCCCCGAGUCUGAGCUCUCACAGUCCUCCAUGCCUGCCGCUCCACUAGGGAGCAACACUGUCGCUGCUAAAAGCAACACUAAGCAGACCCGUAAACAGGAGAUCAUCAAGAUAACGGAGCAGCUGAUUGAAGCGAUCAACAAUGGAGAUUUUGAUGCCUACACGAGGAUUUGUGAUCCUGGACUCACCUCUUUUGAACCCGAGGCCCUGGGGAACCUGGUGGAGGGCAUGGACUUUCACAAGUUCUACUUUGAAAACUUGCUGAGCAAGAACAGCAAGCCCGUGCACACCACCCUGCUCAACCCACACGUGCACCUGAUCGGUGAGGAUGCGGCGUGCAUCGCCUACAUCCGGCUCACACAGUUUGUGGACUCCACGGGCCUCCCUCGUUCCAGCCAAUCAGAGGAGACCAGGGUGUGGCAUCGUCGCGAUGGCAAGUGGCUCAAUGUUCACUUCCACUGCUCAGGAGCGCCUGCUGCACCACUACAGUGAUCAGUGGUCCUGAGCCUCCAGUCUACUGGAGUGUGUGUUUUGGGGGGCAGUUUUUUUCAGCGAGCGUGUUUAAGAGGCACGUCCUCUGCGUGGAUUGGCUAGUGCCAGGAGCCCGGCCGGGCGAGAUCGCAUCCCUCUCCACGAAACCAACCAAUCCUGUCCCUCCUUUGACCUGCUGGGGGCCGGCUGAACACAAGACACCGCCCCCAUGGGAUGAUGCAUGCAUCUGGCGCCUGAUUGGAGGGCGCGUCUUUGCCCUCUAUCCCUCCCCUGGCAGCCAUCUUUUUUCUGCCCGCGCGAGAUGAGACGUCCUGGGGGAGGAGAGGAUUUACAGUUGAACUUGUGACAGUUUAUGAGUAUGAGUUAUGAAUAUACUGUGUAAAUUAUGACUAGAUGUACCAGAAACCACCAAAACCCAACCAAGCAUUUAUAUUCACUAUCUUAUAAGGGAGGAACAGAGAGGAGUGUGAAGUUAGCAGCUGAGAUUUUGGACACAUUUUUGGCAUUGUAGGGGUUACCGGGUAGAAAGUGUUGUGCUCUUUACCCGGACGUUGAUGUAAACACAUAGGGAGAUUUUCCCCAACUGAAUUAAAGAGGGAAAAAAAUCAAGUGGGCUCAGUCAGAGAACUUGAUGAUGAGAGAAACUUGAUAUCAAAAACAUGAAGCACCAAAGUGUAGAACUUUAGGCUUUUUAUGUGUUUAUGUGUUUUCGUUUGUGUGCUUGUUUUCCAACAGAACGGAAAAUCGUAUUGUCGUGGGAUUGGGGCGGGGCGGGGGGGGCGUCUGAUUUGAGGUUAUGUGUUUUGUUGUGUUUUUACCGUCCUGUUCCCUUUGCGUUCCUGUGAAAAACCGGAGCCUUUUCUUUUUUUUUUUUUUUUUGUUGUUGUUGUUGUUGUUGUCUGACAGAUCCUACAUUCAAGGCUCCUUUUUAAUGCAGCUGAGUUUUUAAAAAGAGGGAUUUUACUGUGCAAGUUUAAAAGCUAACCUGCGCGUGAUAACACGUUCUGUUGUGUCUGUAUGCAGUGGAGGGAGAGACUGGGCCGGGAAAGGCGUCUGCGUUUUGCAUGUUUGCCCGCCGCCUCUCCCUCAUCCACCCCUUCCUGCUCUCUCCCCGUUUAGCCUCUCUCUUUAACCAUUCCCUCUUUUAACCGUCCCUCCCGCUCCUUUUCCUGCUUUCUGCAAGGGCCUGGUUUGUUUAUAAUCACUGUGUAAAUACAGUGUAUGUAUAGAUAUAUGUAGAAAAGUGUAAUAUAUGUACAUGUAUCUAAGAGACACUCAUCCUGUGCAUCUGGGUAUAGCAACCACCCCAUGACCUCUGUGACCCCUGAGCUAGUUUAGGAGCAACAUUUUCCUCAGAGACUUCGAUUUGCCUCCUUGAAAAUACUUCCUCGAGAUAUUGGUAGCUUUUGAUUAUUCUCGACAAACAUGAACACACACACACACUCUCAUUUAGGCUACCAGCUCUAGUCCCAUGGCCGUAAGACUGUUUUUGAAGACGGGGAAUUAAAGAAAUAAAAGGUUGAAAAUAGUUUGACCCCUCUUCCCAACAACUAUGAGUUUUUAAAAUAUGAAAACCUUCAUCAUAGUUUCCUUAACUCCUAAUUCCACAAUGCUGUGAGCCAUCUCUUCAUAUCAUAUGCACGCACACGCACACACACACACACACAAACAAAUGCACAUACACACACACGCACGCGCCUGGUGGUGUGUUUAGUCUUUGUAACAUAUCUGCACCACUACUGUGUGACCACGGUGCCACCCUUGCUGUGCUGCUUAAUUGUCUCCAUCCAUCCAGCGACAGUUGUAUCUUAAACCCCACCCCCCUCUCUCUCCGCCCCCUCCUCCAAAUAUCUGCUCCUCCUCUCCCCGGUGUACCCACAAGUCCCUGCUCUUGAGAUGUUUAGUUGUACCUCUCUCUGUUGUUUCUCUGUUCCCGUGUUACUGGUUUGAGUUUUUUUGUUGUCGUCGCUGUUGCUGUUAACUUGUCGUUUGGUAAUUUGCCGAUCUGCCAAGCUGGAGUUCUGCACUCUCCCUCGCACACAGGAAAAAAAAAUCAAAAAAGAAAGAAAGUAAAAAAAAAGGGAAAAGAGGGAGAAAGUAAAGACAACACAAAACUACAGAUUGAAUGAUCAUAGAUUGAUCAGGACUAAAUUAUUUAUUAUUGUAAUCUACCCUUGGUGGUUUUAAAUCGUGCCUGCUCAGUUGAGAGGAGUUUUGAGAGUCAGAGAGAAAGAGUUGGUGUGGGUGUGUAGGUUUUGUGACCUACACUGUUGAACCAGAGCGGGAGACCUAGUUAUAUGCAUGUUUCAGUUACGCAUUUCUACCAUGUACCUACCUGAAUAAGGAUGGAGCCUAGUGUUAAUAUAUGAUAUUUGCAUCUUUUGAAAUAAGAAUUUCCUCCGUCCAGAAUGUUGAAUAGGUGACAUGAAAAAUAUUUAAAAAACAAAAAAAUGCAAAAUUUAAAAAAAAAAAAGGAUUCAGGAGCCGUAGCUUGGUAUGAGGCCCUCGAUGUUAGCGUUUUCCCUGCGUUGUAAUGAUAUACUAUUGGGCUGCGCUUUCUCCCCCAGCCUUCACAUGGAUGCUGGAGUUUUUUUGCAUGAUCAUGAUGUACAAUGAAAUACAACCAUGAAUUGACGACUAUCAAGUGUUUGUCUGAGUGUUAGUUGGUCUUCAUCAUAGCUUUGUUAUUCUUCAAACUUGGAUCUUGAAAGUAUUUAAUAAAAAUACUAUUUCAGCACUG